UUGCGUGGGCGGGCGACCAUUUCCCACAACUGUGCGAAUAAUAAAUAAGUUCGGAUAGGAAAAUGUUUGGCAAUGGCCAGUCAGCAUUAGUCCUGACCCCGUCGCCAUGUCCGAGCGUCGAGGAGCGCACGAGAUACCCGGUGACUACCAACCAGUGCCAAGGACGCAGGACGAACCGACUCCAACGACCACAUCCUGCUGCCGGCGUCCUAAUUGUAAUUUUCGGCUCCAGGAUGAGCGUAAAUUUUGCAGCUGCAGUCACGGCUACAUCAUACCCGUGUUUAUACUCUUCGUCUUGGUUCUGAUUGUUCUGCUGUUGCCUUGGGAGACCUUCCACCGAAAUGCGAACGCAAACAGCCCCGUUCCCGUGGAGAAUCCGUUGCCUUGCCAACUCGAACUGGUGGAGAGUCUGCCCCUGGGGUUGAACUAUAGCCAAAAGGAAAGCCACCCCCUCAAGAGCACCUUUGAGUCCUGGCAGCUGCUGCUGGGCCGGGCAAGGACCUCCCUCGACAUAGUCUCGCCGCACUGGACUCUGCGCGGGUUGGACAUUAACGACAGUAGCACAGGGCCUGGAGAUCACCUCUUUGACCGUCUACUCUCUAAUGGAGAUGCAGGCAGACCCAAAGUGCGUCUGCGGAUUGUGGUGAAUCGCAGCCAGGACAGCUUGUGGCAUGCUGAUGCCCGCAUCCUGGCCAAUUAUGGAGCAGCCGAUGUCGUGGGUAUUAAUUUCCUGCACUCCAUACUCUGGCUGGUGGAUGGAGAGCACUUCUAUCUGGGCAGCGCUAGCAUGGAUUGGCGAUCACUUACACAACGCAAAGAACUGGGUGUACUGGCCACAAAUUGUCCGCCUCUGGCCCAAGAUCUGGCAAAGAUCUUCAAGGCCUAUUGGUAUCUGGGCAACAAUGAAGUGCCGGAAUACUGGCCAUGGAUAUACCACACCCACAUCAAUCAGCGAAGACCACUAUUGCUGAACAUUAACAGAAACCACACGAUGCGGGCUUACUUAGUUAUAUCGCCUCCUGGACUGGCAGCCACUGGCAGGAGCCACGAAUUGGAUGCUAUAGUAGAAACCAUCGAUAAGGCAACCGAGUUUAUAAGCCUCUCUCUGAUGGAUUACUCUCCCCAGCUAAGACGCAACAACAAGCUACAAUACUGGCCUUUUAUAGACAAUGCCCUGCGUAGAGCUGCCUUGGAGCGAAGUGUGACUAUUAGGUUGCUCAUCUCAUGGUGGAAGUACUCGGAUCCCAGCGAAGAUCACUUCUUGAGAUCUCUGCAGGCACUCAACAAGAUGCGAGAGGAAGUGGAUAUAGAAAUUCGUCGCUUUGUGGUGCCCACCACGGAUGAACUGGAAAGGAUUUCAGGCGGAAGAGUAAGCUGCAAUUCUUACAUGGUCACCGAAAGCGUAGCCUUCAUAGGCACUUCCAGCUGGUCUGGGGAGCAUUUCACUUAUGCAGCCGGCAUUGGAUUAGUCCUCGAGGACAUGGACUACAACAAUAACAGCCUAAGAACCGACUUGAUUUCCAUUUUCCAGCGGGAUUGGUUUGGUCCUUAUGCGCUGCCGUUAAAACCUAAUUUAAGAAUUUGAAUUGUCUUGCAAAAAGACCGGCAUUUUUCAACACUGCCCAACAAUCAUCAGCUGUUCAUGUCAUAACAAACGUCAGACCUAACCUUAAAUCUCUCAAUGCUAAAAUAAGUUUAAAUUU